GUUUUCCGCAUCAAACGCAGCCAUGUUCUUCGGGAAAUUCACAACUUUUGUGACGUUCCAAAUUUGUCUCGUCUGUUGUCAGAAAGGCGGCAGUCCACCAGCCUCCAUUAAAGUCGUCAAUCUGAACAUUUGUCCCGCGAACGGCAAAAAUCCGAUACAGGGCGACAUGUACUUGGACACAGUCGAUGGUUUCAAGGUCCUUUCUGCCAGGAUAGAGGCGACCAGACCCUUGAAUCGCGACAUCACGUACACCUUCCAAACUGACAAAUACAGCAACAGCGACUGGGAGACUGACGUGUACACCGACGAGGGAGUCUUGUGUGACUUGCUGAAGGAAUACGCAGAAGACGCAUGGAAUUCGGUAAGGGACGCCAUCGAACCCAAACUGACCAACUUCUGCGACUCACCGGCGGGAGAGUAUACUUUAGACAAAUUCGAGAUUUUGGAAAAGCAAUUUAAACCGCCGCCCAUGUUUGGGCGACUGAUGAUCCACCUCAACUUGUACGACGGCGACGACGAACACAUAUUUUGCGCCGACACUGAAGUCGAAGUCACUCAAAAGAUGAAGCAGCCAUCCUUCGGGUAGCCGGGCAGCACAGUAUGGCGUGAAAAUAAAAUUUUAAUGUUUA